UGGGUGCGCUCACAAGACAACACUUCUCUCCACAGUAAUUGGCCGGGAAUUGAUGCCAUUCUUGUGUUAUUAAAUCGUUUUGGAUCGUUUCCGUCUCUCGGUGUACGCGUAUUGCUCGCUUCCCCCCCGAAGUUUAAUCACUUUUACGCACGACGGGUGCCCCGAAACACCUCCACGAAUGAAUGGGGACGGUGCUGCGGGUUGGAUACGCGCUCUCCUGGAUUAACGGUCUCCUCCUGCGCCUCUUGAUCAUAUUUCAGGAAGUCAUCGGGACCGUGCACAUCAGCUGUUGAGUCGUGCCUCUGUUAUGGUUGUGUUGCAGUGAAACAUUUCGUCCAGACCUGUUCACGUUUCGCUCGGAACCAUGAACUGGCACGGUCGCUGGAGCCUCAAGUUUGCGUUUCUGACAGCGAUGCACGCCUUGUUGUCAUCGGCGUCCUCGCUGCUGCACGCCGUGGACGAUGUGCGCUCGGAACCCUUGCAAGGAAAUUCAAUCGGCGCUACCCACGACGACCGAGCGUCUGCCGGGCAGAAGCGCCACGGGACCACGGUGCCCCGUCUGCUGAUUGGACGGGACUGGGGACCAAUCGGCUCGCUUCAUUUCCAGGGCCACCCGGCGGCACUGAGGCUCCUGAUUGAAGUAGAAGGUGAACAGCUGCUUCUGACUCUCCAGAAAAAUGAGGGCCUGUUCGCCGGCCACUACACCGAGACGCACUACCUGGAGGACGGCAGCGCCGUCUCCAGCUCCCACAACUCCACGACAAACUGCUACUACCACGGUGAAGUGGAGGGCCAGGCUCACUCGGUCGUCAGCCUCAGCACCUGCACUGGGAUCAGCGAGAUGUGA